CAACUAGCUGAAGGACAUAGUCAACCAUUUUAGGUGGUGUUGCAAGACUGCUGACACACAUGAGCAGUUUCUUGCAUUAUGGGUUGGCAUCCUUCACCAUGUCUCAAUAUUCACACCUGGACUACGGGAAGUUGCAAACACGGGCACCUUGAAUCGGAUCAAAUGCGGGGAAAGAUGUGGAUCCAGAGAGACUCCCAGUGCCACAAAGCUUUAGUGGAUAUAGUUAUCGAUAAGAGGUGGCAGAAAGACGUUCACAACUAUCUGCGAUUCAGAUCGACUGCAGACCUAGAGUCAUUCCAGAAUCAUAUCCUGAUGUAUGCCAGCAAGCGCUAUGCUUUCAGCCCCCCAGUUUAUGAGGCAAGAGUUGUGCUUGCUGCUUUGGACUACAAUUUCCACCGGAACCGACCAACAAUGAAAACGUUGGACGGCAAAGAGACUUUCAGAAGAUUGUAUAAGAAGAACGCUAGAAGAUACAGCGUAUAUGCCUUGAAAUCUGAAAAAACCUACGGAUACAUUUCCGAGUUGCAAAGAAGGAUUGUGAAGAACAGACUCACAAGUGGAGUGGGGAUGCCUAGAAGGAGGUGCCUUCGACCAGAUGACCCCAGACAGCCUGAUUUGGUGUCCCCCGUACCUGCACCAGCCACAUCAGACUUGUUGCAGAGACAAGUCAGAAGAGGUCUAGGACCGUUAUUCCAACCAGCAUUUGAUGUGGAAGGAUCCCCAUAGGAGAUCACCUUGCAUGUGUCCUGGUACUUGUCAGGCAGGAUCACGAGAGAAAGAACUUCAGUUCACUGACAAAGUCAUAGCUUUUACUCUUUAAUUUAUUAACAUUAAAUUCUGUUCCUACCCUCCUACAAUGGUUAUUUCAUGUUUUUCCAAUUUGUACACGUUUCAUCUUAUUCUGCUAAGUCCACUGUGACCAGCGCAUAUUAUUUUCAGUAGGUAGUUUAAAUUACAGUUUACAAUUUGAACAGUAAUGAUAAGUAAGGCUACA